ACCGUUUAUAUCUGCAGCGUCAUCCCUCCCAUUUCGGUUUUCUCCCGAAGCAAAACGGACAAGGAAAAAAAGGAAGAGUUACCGAGAGAUAGAGGAGCCAGGGGAGGGGGGUAAAACCAAGAAUAAAUUAUAACCGCACGGCAAGAACAAGGGAGGGUAAAUAAAUCGCCGGUCGUCUCGCUGUCAGGCCGGGAGGGGAUGAUGUCCGAAAGCGAGGAGCACGGGUCGCUCCUGGAAAAGAUCAGCGACAAGAUCCAUGAGUUCAAGAAGGAUUCAUCGUCCUCCUCCUCGGACUCCGACGACGACAAGAAGUCUCAUAAAUCCAAGAAGAAGCACCUGUUUGGCAGGAAGCAUCCGCUUCACCACGUCCUUGGCGGAGGCAAAGCUGCUGAUCUUGUGAUGUGGAGGGACAAGCAGACGUCCGGGAGCAUCCUCGCGGGGGUGACCGUCAUAUGGUUGCUGUUCGAGGGCAUCGGCUACCACCUCCUCACCUUCCUCUGCCACUUGCUCAUCGUCUUCCUCACCGUCAGCUUCGUCUGGUCCAACGCUGCGUCCUUCAUCAACAGGUCUCCUCCAAAGCUCCCGGAGGUCAUUUUAUCUGAAACCCAAUGCCUGAUGAUAGCUCAUGUUCUGAGGAAAGAAAUCAAUGAGGCUUUCCUGACCUUGCAAAAUGUUGCUUCCGGAAAAGACCUUAAAACAUACCUGACGUCAAUUGGAGUCCUCUGGUUCAUUUCUAUAAUCGGGGGCUGCUUCAGCUUCCUGACUCUGUCUUACACCCUUUUCCUGAUGGCAUACACACUCCCCAUGCUCUAUGAGAAAUAUGAAGAUGAAGUCGAUGUUGUGGGUGAGAAGGCCCUGAUCGAGAUCAAGAAGCAAUAUGUGGUGUUCGAUGAGAAGGUUCUGUCAAAGAUACCGAUGUUAGCCGACAAGAAACAGCACUGAAACUGAUGCUUUGAAGCGUUCGACACCUCUAUCAUUUCAUCUGCAGCUCAGCACAUUAACCAAAUAGUCUCAUUUGGUUACCUCUGCUGCCAUCACCUAGCAACCUUUUAGAUGGCAUUAUAUUCAUAUUAUGCCGACUCUUAAGCAUCGGAAAUUUGUCUUUUCCAAGCCAUAGAACAGAACGUUGUCGAUGAUCACACGAAGUAGUUGCCUCUGCUUGUCAGUUUCAGUUUCAUAUUUGUUUGGUCACAAGAUACAUAUGUCAUACUAAUUUCUACAACAAUUUUCUAUGUAUGUAUGAUUUUAUACUUUAUAUGCUACGGAACCAUUUAGGCCAUUCUGAA